AUGACACAUCUCCUUCUUGAGCCUUCUCUUCUCGACAGCCUUGCUGGGAAAGUGGCCGUGUUGACUGGCGGUGCAACUGGUAUCGGGCGCUCAACCAUCCAGCAACUAUGCAAGCACGGUGCGAAGGUAGCUUUCGGAGACGUCCUCGAGGGACCGUCGCGAGAAUUGGAAUCCGAACUCAGUCCAAAUGUCCACUUCGUCAAAUGCGACGCCUCAAGCUACUCGGAUCAGCUUGCCCUAUUCAAAUCUGCCCAUGAGAAGUUUGGCAAAGUGGAUAUUGUAGUUGCGAAUGCCGGAAUCUCGAUUCGAAAGGACAUAUUUGACCCCUCCGAGGAUAUCACGCAGGAACCGUCUAUGAAGGAAAUCGAUAUCAACACCAAAGGUGCUAUCUUCAGUGCGCGCAUCGGUAUGUAUUACUUGCGACAAGCUGGGGGUGGAGACCUGGUACUUGUGAGCAGCAUUGCCGGGUUUAAGGAAUGUGGGGGUCUGGCCACCUACACGGCCAGCAAGCACGGCGUUAUUGGGCUUAUGCGGGGCCUUCAUUUGACCGCUACCCCGGAGAAUAUCAGGGUGAAUGUGAUUUGUCCCUGGAUGACGAGAACGCGGCUGGUUCUCGGGAUCGAAAAGGGUUGGUAUGAGCGGGCCUUACCCGUUAACGAGCCCGACGAUGUCGGUAGAGCUAUUCUAGUUUGUGCUACUGCGAACCGGGGCGCGAAUGGAUUGACUCAUAAGGGAGCUCGUCUUCCGUUCGCUGGAAAGAUUGUAUAUGUAUCGGGUGGGGAGAGUUACGAAAUCGAAGAUGGCAUCCAGAAGCUAGAACCGAGUUGGCUGGGCAAGGAAAAUAGCCAAGUCCUUGAAAAGGGGCAGGAGUAUCUUGCAUCGGAUAGCACAAGCUGGGAUGAGUCAAAGCUAUCUUGA